GCACACUUGCUUCUCCUUCAUUUCAGCAACACACAAUAGUGUGUCUGGACAGGUGGCUUCAUGUAAAUUCGCAAACAUCUGCAUUUUCCUGUCGAAAGAAACUUUCGAACUUCCUUGCUGUCGGAAGGAAAGGUGCGGACACACAGAACGUUUUGAGAAAGAUGCUCCAACACUCAAGCAGAAGACUGAGACUCUUGGAUAAAGGCCCGUUGGACCGGUAACCAUCAUGUUUUACACCGAGACAAUGGAGGAGAUCAACUCUGGACUUCUCUUGUCUUUAUUGUGAAAGUAUAAACCGAAGUAUCACUCGUUCCUUUUUUUACUAAGCAAAGGUGCAUAUGGUUUUUUCCUCCAUUUUGAAAGCGGAGAACUCUCAAUAUUUGGGUUUUUUCGAUUUGUGAAGAGUGAUCUUUCUGAAUUCUCUUUCAUCGGACAGCUUCAGGUUACAUCAUUCUGGAAUGGACAAGGUUACUUGCGUUCAAUUUCUGCUCAGUUUUGGACAUUUCUAAGCUUUGAUUGUACCGACAGCACAGGCUAAAAAGGGGUCUGUGUGCUUCCACCAGUUCUGGACCCGAUUGACGUUCAACACUUCAGUGUAUUUUUUUCUGCCACUGGAUUGCGGAGCUGUUUGGUAUUGAAUCGUUUUUUUUAAGAGACCGGGCUUUUGGACUUGUCAGUGGUGGUUCUCAUAUCACUAUCCUGGAAUUCCUCAGGAAGGCAGUAAUGGGUAAUGCAGUAGGUGGGUUGGAACAGAUGGAAGGACAGGAGAACAAGGGCUCAACAGGUGGGAUUUACCCCACUCCCUCUUUACCCAAAAAGAAAAGUGCCCCUCCAAAACUACCAAUGCCUCCCGAAGAAGAGCUGGAAGAGCGCUUCAAUGUGGUUUUGAGCUCCAUGAAUCUGCCUCCAGAUAAGAUGAAGCUUCUCAGUCAGUAUGACAAUGAGAAGAAAUGGGAGCUGGUCUGUGAUCAGGAGAGAUUUCAGGUGAAGAACCCUCCCUCAGCUUAUCUGACUAAAAUCAAGAGCCUCUUCCAGGACCAGGGCGGAGUGACACGAAGGUUCAAGAAACGUGUGCAGGAGUCAACACAAGUCCUGAGAGAACUGGAGAUCUCUCUGAGAACCAAUCACAUAGGGUGGGCUCAGGAGUUUCUUAAUGAGGAAAACCAAGGUUUGGAUGUCCUUGUGGACUACCUGUCCUACGCUCAGAGCGAUGCACCGUUUGAGUUGGAUUCUGUGGAAAAUGGCAGCUCAGUAUCAGAUGCCCUGAGGCUGUCAGAGAGAUCGGUGGAAGAUCUGGCCAAAAACGUCAAUCAUGCUACACACGGGAUGACCAGAGCUGCGCGAGCACUCACUGUCCGAAUAUCUUCUUUGACCCAGAGCAGAAAAACUAUUCGAAAUGCUCGCUUGGCCAGCCAAAGGGAUGACGUUCACCUGUGCAUUAUGUGUCUGCGUGCUAUCAUGAAUUACCAGUCGGGCUUCACGUUGGUCAUGAAUCACCCCAGAUGUGUCAAUGAAAUUGGACUUAGUCUCAACAACAAAAACCCACGGACUAAGGCUUUGGUGCUUGAACUGCUGGCAGCGGUGUGUCUGGUGAGAGGAGGACAUGACAUCAUCAUCUCUGCAUUUAACAACUUUAAAGAUGUGAGUGGAGAGAAGAACCGCUUUGAGAAGCUCAUGGAGUACUUCAUGCAUGAUGAUAGCAACAUAGACUUCAUGGUGGCGUGCAUGCAGUUCAUUAACAUUGUGGUCCACUCAGUGGAGAACAUGAACUUCCGUGUACAUCUCCAAUAUGAGUUUUCUCAGCUGGGUCUUGACCAGUACUUAGAGUCCCUAAAAGAGAUGGAAAGUGAGAAGUUGCAAGUGCAGAUCCAGGCAUACUUAGAUAAUGUGUUUGAUGUGGGAGCUCUGCUGGAGGAUGCCGAGAAUAAACACGAAAUAAUGGAGCACGUCACAGAACUGCAGGAGACCAAUGCACAGCUGAAUGACAGACUGCAGGAAUAUGAGAAUGGAGCUGUGGAAAAAAUGGCAGUCCUGGAGCAACAGCUCAUGCAGACUACAAAAGAGGCAGCACUGUUGAAGGAGAGCUUGAAAGAGUCGUGUGCUCAGGUGAGCACUUUGCAGCAGAGAGAGCGAGAACGUGAGAUUCAAAGAGAGAGAGAGCGACAGCAGGAGUGUUUGUCUCAACCAUCGCAUACAGAGAGAGAAAGAAACAGAGAGAAAGUGAGCGAAGAGGAGUCCGGACUGGAGCAGAAGCUGAAGGAGCUACAUGAGAAAGGUUUGGUCCGUCUGCAGCGCACGGAAUCUGGAAGUCUAGACAUUGAAGUCAUUCCAGUCGUCAUAGAGAAAAUCGUCACUCACACAGUUACAGUAUCAGAGCCUGCCACACAAGCCCCGCCCCCUCCAGGUGCAGCCCCGCCUCCACCUCCUCCACUACCUGGAGCUGCAGCGCUCCCACCUCCUCCUCCACCACCACCCCCUCCCUCUGGAUGUGGAGGUGCUCCUCCUCCCCCACCUCCUCCCCCUCCUGGUGGUGGUGGACCACCGCCGCCUCCACCCCCGCCUGGAUUUGGGACGCCACCCCCUCCGGGUGCUCCCACUGCAUCUGAAGCUGACACAGGAGCGAAGAGCCGGAAGCCAAUACAAACAAAGUUCAAGAUGCCUUUGCUGAACUGGCAAGCUCUGAAGCCAAAUCAAGUGACAGGAACUGUGUUCAGCGAGCUGGAUGACGAGCAAGUGUUAGGGGAGUUGAAUAUGGAUAUUUUUGCGGAGCAGUUUAAGACCAAAGCCCAGGGUUCUCCAGCAGAUCUUUCAAAGCUCAAGGUCAAGGUGGUCGAAAAAACCCCCAGUAAGGUAUCUCUUCUGGAGGCUAAUAAAGCCAAAAACCUUGCCAUCACCCUCCGCAAGGGAGGCAUGAGCCCCGAUGCCAUCUGCACCGCUAUUGAGACGUAUGAUCAGCAGUCUCUGAGUCUCGACUUUUUGGAGCUCCUGGAGCGUUUUAUCCCAUCAGAGUACGAGAAGAAGCUUCUCCAGAACUACGAGAAAGAAGGUCGCCCACUGGAAGAGUUGUGCGAUGAGGAUCGCUUCAUGAGUCGUUUUGUGAAAAUCCCCCGCCUCGCUCAGCGAAUCAACACCCUCACCUUCAUGGGCAACUUUCCUGAGAGCCUGAAACGCCUGCAGCCGCAACUGGAUGCCAUCAUAGCAGCUUCCGUGUCGAUCAAGUCUUCGACUAAGUUUAAAAAGAUGUUAGAGAUCAUUCUGGCGUUCGGGAACUACAUGAACAGUAAUAAAAGAGGGACAGCAUAUGGAUUCCGUCUUCAGAGUCUUGAUCUGCUGUUAGACACAAAGUCCACAGACCGAUCACAGACUUUGAUGCAUUUUAUUUCAAGUAUGGUAAAUGAGAAAUACCCUGAGCUGACCUCCUUCCACACGGAACUCCGCUUUAUAGACAAGGCUGCAAUGGUGUCUUUGGACGGUGUGCUACAAGACGUCCGAUCCCUGGAGAGAGGAAUGGAAGGGACCAAGAAGGAAUUCCUGGUGCAGGAUGACAUUCCAGCACUAAAAGAGUUUGUUAAAGCAAACAGUGAUGUUUUAGAUUCACUUGUUAAAGAUGGCAAGACAGCACAGGAGGCCUAUAUGUCUGUAGUCGAGUACUUUGGAGAAAACCCAAAGACAACUCAGCCGUCCAUGUUCUUCCCACUCUUUGUCAGGUUUAUCAAAGCAUAUAAGCAAGCAGAACAGGACAAUGCACUGAAGAAGAAGCAAGAGAGUGCUGCAGAAGAACAGACAGCCCCCUCUCCAAAAAAGAAAGACAGCAGCCCUCAAAAGGGCCCCAUGAUGCCCAAAAUGCCUCAGAUGGAUCUGAUCGCAGAGCUAAAGAAGAGACAGGUGAAGCCACAGGUCACAGAUGGGGCCAUCGAGGGCAUAAUCACAGAUUUGAGAAAUUCACCUUACAGAAGAGCUGAUGGCCGAAGAACAGCUCCACGACAGGAAAACUAGGCGUAACCGUAAACAGUGGAUGGACAUAAAUUCAUAUAAUCAUUUAUAUUUACAUAAUAAAAACAUUUUCAGUCUGUACAUUUAUCACACAUGCUUAUAUGUUCCCUGAUGUCUGUUACAUUCUUAACUUUAGAGAAGAUCUUUUAUACACAAUCCAACAAAACUGUAAAUAAUACAGCAAACAAAUGUUUUGUACUUUCACAUUUGUGCAUGAAUUUGAUAAACUACUGCGCACUGUAUUUUAUGAGCAGUUUUUAUUGUUCAUUUCUGAUGUGUGUUCAUUAUGCUAAUGGUAUUGUAAAAAGCCCCCCCAAAAAUGUCAGCAGUAUUUUUAUAUAACCUAUGUAUUAAGAAAGGGGUUUGUAUUUUAAAUAAAUUAAUGUGGGAAUUGUACAGUAGUUAACCAUGCGCCAUUUAUUAUGCGCCCCCAUACCAUGCAAAGACACAGUACAAGUAUUUUCGUAGAAGAGAGCUGUACUUUAUUAGACACACAACCACAGCAAGUAUGUACAAAAGGUCUCGACUCUCAGUGUUUUCUCACAGGAAAAAAAUAAUAAAGUUACAUUUCUCACAAAGUUA